GCCAAAGGUGCUUCACUUCCGGGGGAAGCCGGCAUUGCCAAUAGCAGGUGGAGCGGGAGGUGUUUGUUGCCCCUUCGUUGCUCCCGUGGCCUCGGUCCGGGUAAGCCAGGCAUGAAGAUCACGAGGCAGAAACACGCCAAGAAGAAUCUCGGCUUCUUCCGCAACAAUUUCGGAGUCCGCGAGCCGUACCAGAUCCUGCUGGACGGCACCUUCUGUCAGGCGGCCCUGCGGGGCCGCAUCCAGCUCCGGGAGCAGCUGCCCCGCUACCUCAUGGGGGAGACACAGCUGUGCACCACCAGGUGUGUGUUAAAAGAGUUAGAAACAUUGGGAAAGGACUUGUAUGGGGCAAAACUGAUUGCACAAAAAUGCCAGAUUCGGAAUUGUUCCCAUUUGAAGAAUGGAGUGAGUGGAUCAGAAUGUCUGCUUUCCAUGGUUGAAGAGGGAAAUCCUCAUCAUUAUUUUGUGGCAUCACAGGAUCAGAAUUUGUCUAUGAAAGUAAAGAAAAAGCCUGGAGUUCCUCUCAUGUUUAUUAUUCAGAACACUAUAGUCUUGGACAAACCUUCUCCCAAAACAAUUGCCUUUGUUAAAGCUGUAGAGUCAGGCCAGCUUGUCUCGGUGCAUGAGCAAGAGAGUAUCAGGCAACUCAAAGAGGAACAGGGGCUAGUGAAAAACCCUGAACGGAGAAGAAAAAAGCGCAAGAAAAUAAGUGGCCCCAAUCCUCUUAGCUGUUUGAAGAAAAAGAAGAAAGCACAGGAUACCAAGUCAUCUGCCUCUGAAAAGAAAAGAAAAAGAAAAAGAAUCCGGAACAGAUCUACCUCAAAAGUACUUUCUGUAAAGCAGAAUGCAGAAGGAUAAUGAAUCCUUCAAAUACUUUUAAAGACAUUCAAAUGUAGAAAAUAAGUUUUUUUUUAAAGCUGUGGAAGUAUUGAGGAUAAAAGACUAAACUUAUUUUUGUAAAUAAAUAUUGACCCAGAAGCCUUUGCCUAAAAUUAUUUGUAAAACACAAAAACCAGAACAGAGUGGAUGGGUUUUGAUGUGACAGUGUUCAGUUUUCUUACUCAGUGAUUUUGGAGGUUGUUCUCAAUGUAAAACUGUUGUCUGUUUCUCACUGCAGCCUAUCACCCCCUAUUAAAUGCAAAUAGUUAAAAAAAUCUAAUAGUUCCCAAAGGCUUGUAACAAAAAAGAGGUAGUCCCUCUUUCACAUUCAUAGCAGAAACUUCCUCUUUCAAUUCAUGUAGUAGUUGUAGAAUUUACCUUUAUGUUUUCAGAUAAUAUGAAUAUGCUGCUACCUUUUGAUCCAUCCAUUAUUUAUUGACUUAAUACCAGAAAGAAUGGGGGUUUCACUUGCUUGUAUUAUUCCCUCAUUUUUAAUAUAUCAGUCUUUAUACAUCCCAAAUUUAGUAUCUUUGUUACUUUGACUAUAAAUUUUGUUAACCACUGAA